AUGGGUGGGGAUGUCCCCAAUCUCUCGACAUCCAAAGCCCCCGGCGGUCGGUCGACCACUUCAUCUGAAUCUUCCGCUUCUAUCAUCAGCUACAAAGGGAGCAGCGGCAAUCUCCGACAUUCGUCCACGGAAAAAAUGACGAUUCCCCGGAAUAAGUACAUCAGCGGCGACUUUUGGGCCAACCUGGGAGGCGAAGUCAAUGGGCUGCGCUCUUUACUUGAACAUCAUGUAGACGACGAUGAUGAUCAGAGCAAUGAUGACGAUGAACAUUUCCAACAUACUCCUUCAACUACUGGCUCAACUGGUCAACCAAUACACUCGUCAUUACUCGACUUCGUCUUUCAUGGGGCUGAUGGUCGUCCAAAACAACAGCUGGAUUUUCCAGUAUCAUUCCGGCACUUCAAGGCCCUUGGUGAUACCUAUUUUACCAAUGUCGAUCCCAUUUUCAAAAUUAUUCAUAGGCCAACGACUCUCUCUUAUAUAGCGAAUAGUACGAGAAACUUUUCAGCACCGCCAAAUAAUAAUGCAGCCGAGCUGCUGAUGCUAUGUAUGUAUUUCGCUGCAAUCUCAUCAAUGUCGCCAGAGGACUGUCAGAAUACAUUCCAUCAAGACCCCCAGACCCUACUUCCCAAAUUCAGACGCAGCGCGGAGCUCGCCUUUGCAAGAGAGAAUCUUCUUAUUACGGAUGAAUUCGCAGUUCUUCAAGCGUUCGCGAUCUACCUCUUUACCUUACGAGCACACAGCAAAACCCAGUCCACGUGGACUCUCUUCGCACUCCUGCUCAGAAUUGCUCAGUCAUUUGGAAUACACAAAGACGCUGAUGAUACCGGCAUAUCUUUUUUUGAGGCUCAACAAAGAAGCCUUCUCUGGUGGCAGAUCAUGAUCCUUGACCUCCGUUGCGCAGAAGACCGAGGUACUCAACCGAUGAUAUUCGAUGGUUCUUUCAACACUGCGAUGCCUCUCAACAUUAGUGACGAUGACUACGGACCUGAAACAAACGAGCCUGUUCCGGAACUUUCGACUUUGACAGACAUGACCCUGAGCCAUAUCACCCAUAAAUUGGCAUUUAUCUUUCGAAAGCUUCUAUUUCCGAACCAAAUAAGUUUCACUGAGAAAGAACAGAUGAUUAAAAGCUUGAGCCAUGAAUUCGAGUCACUUUACUUUCAAAAGUGCGACGCAAAUAUACCUAUUCAGUGGUAUCUCUCGAUGGUUAGUCGAUUAUUGAUCCUCAAGUUGUGGUUAUCAUUGAGAUAUCCGCUUCAAGGUCGAGACCAACCGAUUUACCCGAAUACCGGCACUACCCGGGAUCAAACACUUCGUAUAGCGGUGUUGAUCCUCGAGAUUAUGAAUAUGUAUGAGAACGAUCCGAAGAGUGUCCGGUUCAAGUGGGUCGGACGAACGUGGGUGCAGUGGCAUCCAUUAGCCGUCGUACUGGCCGAACUGUGCGUUCAAACACAAGGCCCGUUAGUAGACCGAGCAUGGGCGGUAGUGGAAAGUGUUUGGAAUACCUUUGGAAAACAAGUUGCUGAUACCACGGAGGGAAUAUUGUGGAAACCGCUCAAGAGGCUACUAAAGAAGGCUCGAGCUGCAUACCAAGAAGCGGCACUCAAGAGAGAUGUCCACCGAAUCAGAGACACAACUGUUCAUGAGGUAGCUCAGUCUCUUUCAGAUCCAAUGUUUGAUCUAAGUCAAAUGGAGGUUGAUGAAUACAGCCGGUCACUAUUGCUUAGCAGCUGCGCUCCGACCGAUGCACAGAUGGCCCCUCUAUGGAACAACUCUGAUGCUUCUUACAGCAUGAAUCCAAUUCCGCAGAAUAUAGUCAAUACGGACUAUACCAAUCAAAUCAACUGGGCAAUUUGGGAGGGAUUUCUCAUGGAUUCCGAAGUCUCAUAUUCGAUAGAGGAAAAUGCAUUUGAGGCAUGGCCACUUGCUUCUAAUCCUGCCUGA